CUAGUAGGUCUGGCGACUAGUGAACUUAUAAUGUGCCUUUAGUGUCCAGGACCUCGUCAUGUGGCGCGCUCUAUUUGUGAAACUUGGUAGUUGAUAUCUACGCCCACGGCCUUAGACCACUGCAGUACUGCAGUAGUGCAGUCUGCAAUACACGGCUUACACGACCUUAAUAAUUAUUUUUUUAACUAGUUUAACUAGUGAUCUUAUAAGUUGUAACAAUGCCAAAACGAUGUUCAUUUUGCAAUUGUUCUACUUUGAAUGUACCUACAUUUCGUGUCACUAAAAAGCGCAUUGAAAGUUGGUCAUCAAAAACAAACAAAAAUGUAUUUAUUGGUGAUAGAGUAUGUCAAUCCCAUUUUCUCCAAGCAGAUUUAAAAACUCAUGUUAUAAGUAACUUACAAAACAGUAGUUCUAGUUCUAGAACAAUUUUAAAGGAAGGAGCUACUCCUCUACUAGUCCAGAGCCCUACUAGUCUCGAUGAUAGUGUUGAUGAAAUUAUGGCCUUGCCUCUUAUACAAAAUUCACCUAAUUAUCUGGAAUUAAAAUCUAAUAGUUCUGAACUGAAACAGUAUACUAACAAAAGAGUAGCUACAAGAAUAGUUGUGCAUCAAGCAAAAAAAAAUUGCCAAGAACCAUUUUCACCGGUUGAAAAUACUGAUGAUAUAAAUAUAAUUUAUAAACAAAUUUAUUUUGAUUCUAAAUCCAUUAAUUUUCCUCCAAAAUAGCAAAGAAUAACUCCUGAGAACAAAAAAAGUGUUAUGUUUUGUAAAAUUUUAUUAAAAGACGAUUUAACACCAUACUUUGAAAAGGCGGUUAUUAUUGAUGAGCAGGCCACAGUUAAACUGUUUUUAUUCAACAGUAUCCAAAUUAACAUUGAGAAACUUGAACUAACAUCAAAUGUAAUUUUAGAUCUUCAUGAAGCAGAAGAUAUUAUUUUAAAAUUUUCUAAAGCUACUAUUUGUACAGGUACUUUUAUUCCUACAGAAUUGUUAAAGUAUAAACCUAAUACAGCUUGGCGUAUUCAUAAUGAUGAAAAGUUUCAUCAUUCAAAAUGCUUACUAAUUAAUUUACCUUCAAGUUCCCAUGACAAUUCUUUAAACAAUCCUACUCAAACAACAAAAUGUAAUUUCUGUUUUUCUAUAUUAGAUUCUAUUAAGAAAAAAAAAAAAAGGGAAA